AUGAACUAUAAGUUAUCAAAAAAUGAAAACACUGAAAUCGAAGUAGAACUGUUUUGCAUAAAAGACAUUAAGGCGAAAAAUGAUGAGGAAUAUUCAGAGGAGGUGAAUAGCCUUCCACUUGUCAUCAGGAAUUAUAGCAUAAGUAUAAAAAAGAAAAAAGUAGAACCAGCGGGGUUUAUGUUUUACGUGAAAUAUGAAAUUCCUAUCUUAAAGGGACAAAAAAAAAAAUGCAAAGAAAACAAACAUAUUAUAAUUGAUGAAUUGUUUUUAUAUAAAGACAAAAUAAACUAUUUAAAUGAAAUUAAAAUAAAGAAUGGGGGAGGAGAAGAAGAAGAAGAAGAAGAACACACUGAUGAUGAUCAAAUUGGAAAGUAUAAAAAAGAGAGAUCCACAAAAAAUCAAAGGGGAAAUAAAUAUGAUGAUUAUGAUGAUUAUGAUGAUGAUAUGAAUAAUAUGAACAGUAACAGCAAGAAGAAACAAGAAAAAACAAAUAAUAAAAAAAGUUCCAAUUUAGUGAAAAAGUGCAUAAAUAAUAACAUAAAUGUGUAUGAAAUAUUGAGUGUAGAUGAAGCAGAUGAUUUAGAGGCCAUAAAAUCUUCUUAUAAAAAAUUAAUUUUGUUAUUUCAUCCGGAUAAAAAUAAAGGAACAAACUAUUUAAAUCAAAAGGAAAAGGAAAAAAAAAAAAAAAAAGAAAGGGAAAAGGGCAAGGAUAAGGGGGGAAAUGACAACCCAGAAAUCAAAAAGGACCUCAUAUAUUACAUGGAGAAAUACAACAUAGAAAAAUUAACACCAGAAGAAAAAAAAACCAUGUUCCUAAAAAUUCAAGAUUCGUAUGCUGUUUUGUCAGAUAAAACAUUGAGAAAACAGUAUGAUAGUUCCAUUCCAUUUGACGAACAUAUUCCAACCUUGACCGAAUUGGAAGAGGCACCAAAUUUUUAUGAGUUUCUGAGACCUGUUUUUAAAAGAAAUGCAAAAUGGUCUGCUAAAAAACCAGUGCCAGAUAUAGGAGAUGAAAAUACGAACAUUAAAAAUGUAAAAUAUUUUUAUGACUUUUGGUAUAAUUUUAUCAAUUGGAGAGAUUUUUCAUAUCAAAAUGAGUAUGAUUAUGAGGAAGCUGAGUGUCGAGAGGAAAGACGAUGGAUGGAAAGAGAAAAUAAAAAAAUACAGAAAAAAGCAUCAAAGGCAGAAAAUUUAAGAAUUAUCAAAUUAGUAGAUCUAGCGUACAACAAUGAUCCUAGAAUACUUGCAGAAAAUAAAAGACUUAAAUUAGAAAAACAAAAGAAAAAAGAGUUAGCCAUAUUGGAAAAACAAAAAAAAACAGAUACAUUAAUGACCGAAUUAGAAAAGGAAAAUACAAACAACCAGCAUAUUGCUGCAAAUAAUGAUAAAAAGAAUAAGGAUAAUAAAGCAGCUGUAAAAAUAUGGAAACAUCAUAUUAAAUCACUCUGCAUAACGAAGUUAUCGAAAUAUAUAGAUUCAGAUUUGGUACAAGAACAGUUGGCCUUAAUGCCAUUUGAAACCUUAUGUGAAUUUAUAUACGACAUUUAUAUAUGCCUAAAUUUUAAUUUUCAAAAAGCGGAUAUUUUCCAAGCAGAAAAAUCCAAUUCUUCUAUGGAGACACCACAAAAACAGCAACAAGGAAAAAAAGAAUCCAUAAACAAUGUUUGGAAUUUUAAAAAUGGUAAUAAUAGUGCAGAAAAUAACAGUAAUAAUGUGAACGAGAAAUUUCAGAAUAAUGUUAUAACCAGUAACCAGAUGCACGAACAAAGUUUAAAUGCCCAGAUAAAGAAGCAAACUUCCGAAUGCAUCAAGUGUGUCGAACUGAACAAGUGUGAGGAUUGUGUUCAUAAUGCUACCAAAAAGAAAGCUAACGGCACAAGUUAUGAAGCAAAAGUUACUCAGAAAAAAUUCAUCCAUGAAUACAGCCACAAAUUAAAUGAACAUAUGGAAAACACGGAUUGUGAUAAUGGCCUUAUGAAAAACACGGAUUGUAAUAAUGGCCUUGUGGAAAACACGUAUUGUGAUAAUGGCCUUAUGAAAAACACGGAUUGUGAUAAUGGCCUUAUGAAAAACACGGAUUGUGAUAAUGGCCUUAUGAAAAACACGGAUUGUGAUAAUGACUUUAUGAAAAACACUGAUUGUAAUAAUAAAAAUGUGGAUAAAUUUGUUUUAGAAAAAAAUAAGCAAGACAAAAUAACGAACGGUUACACCUCCAAUAGAACUCAACCGAUUGAAGUUAACAACCUCCAUCACAAUAAAACUGGAAUCAUAUUAAGUGCCCCCUGUUAUGUGGUUAGCAACUCUUCUAGUACGAAAAAGGGAGAAGAACAAAAGGAGAACAAUUUCAUGUACGUGGAAAAAAUACCUGACCUUGUGCAUCUAGAAAGUGAUGACUCGAAGAGGAGCACCUUGGAGAAAAAUGUGGGGAAAAACAAUGCUACUAGUAGUACGGCAUGUAGUACUGCUAGUAGCAGCACGAAUAAUCAGACGAACAACAGGAAUAUCAGCCAUAACAGUAACCAUAACAUCAAUUUUAGCAGCAUUCAUAGCGUGACAAACGACAGCAAUAAUAAGGUCACGCAUGACACAAACGAGAUCACCAAUCGGACUCAUAUUAGCAAAGAUGUUAGUGGAAUAAAAACCACCGGAUUCAUAGGGCAUUUGAAGAACGUAGAGCUAGGGGAUAAAGACAUCGAGUUGUUAAUUAUAAUUUUUAAAAAAUAUAUAAAUGAAUUUACCCAUACAACGGAUAAGGAAAAAAAAAGGAAUAACACAGACAAAAGCUUGAACUUGAAGAACAAAAUAGAAACAGAUAGUACAUGUAUACCCAAGCAGGGAAUUGUAGACAAGGGUUCCUCCAAAACUGAUAUAAAAGUUAAUGAAAAUGCAAAAGUAAUGAAAAAUCAGGUAAGUACUAAUAAUCAUUGUGAAAAUGAUAAAAAAAAAAAUGAUGAAUCUAGCAAUAACACGCAUGGAAAAUGGACUAUCCAAGAGGUUUCUUUACUUGCCAAGGCUUUAAAGUCUUACCCAGGAGGUACAAGAAAUAGAUGGGAGUUGAUAGCUAAUUACAUAAAAACAAAAAGUGUUAAGGAAGUUAUAAAAAAGACAAAAGAAAUGUUUGAAAAUGAAACGUUAAAGAAUUUAAGUAAAAAUUUUGAAGAUACACCUUUUGAUAAUUUUAAAAAUCAAAAUAAAGGUGUAAUGAAAAAAAUUGAUGACAAUUUAGAUAAAAGGGAAAUAAAAAUAGAACCAGUAGCAGGAGCUGGAACUUACGAGGGUGCUAAUUUAACAAAUAAUAUAGGUGAUAAUACUGUAGUAAAAAGACCAUGGACAUAUCAAGAGCAACAUUUAUUAGAACAAGCAUUAAUGAAAUAUCCAUCAUCCUUACCGAAAAGAGAAAGAUUAGAAUUAGUUGCAUCAGAAAUUAAAACAAGAACACUUGAUGAAGUCAUUCUUAGGAUGAAAACACUCAGGGCACAGAUAUUAGCGAAAAAAGCUGCAAAAUAG